AUGGAUCCUCACCGCGUCCAGAUUGAGGAACAACACAGGAAAUUCAACUUCAAGAUCAAUGUUUGGGGCGCUAUCCAUCCCAAGGGUGUCAGCGACCUUGUACUUGUUAUUGACAACCUCACUGCUCCCCAAUAUAUCAACAUCUUGACCCGUGCCAUGAUCCCUGUCUAUGAGUACUAUGAGAACCGCCGGCACGCAUUCUUGUAUUUCCAGCAGGACAACGACCUGAAACACACCUCAAAGCUUGCCAAGGUGUUCUUUUGUGACAACCAGAUCAAUGUCUUCCCAUGGCCUGCCAAGUCACCUGACAUGUCAACAAUUGAGAACGCGUGGGCAGAGCUCAAGCAAUGCACUCAUUCCCACCCCCGCUACAACCAAAUCUGGACCACCGCCAAGCUUUUUGAGCUUGCGCAGGAGGUGUGGAAGUCGGACUCCUUCAAGGAGUAUGUCAUUCAUUUGUAUGAAUCUUUCCCUCACCGGCUGGUUCAGCUCAAGGAGAACAACUACUAUUGGAUCAACUACUAA